CUACGAAUUACGAACGUUUAAGAAUAAACAGAGUAGACACUGAAUUACAAACUUAAGUUUCCUUAAUGUCGGCGAUAGAGAAGAUUGAAUUUUCUAGCGAGUUGCUAAAGAAAGGAAACAAAGCGACGCUGGACAAGAAGCUUGACCAGACGCUUCGAGCCGUUUGUGGCCUUUUAAACGCCAAUGGCGGCCGUGUGAUCCUUUUCACAGAAGACGGUUGCUAUUCUGAAGGUUUUGUGGACGAUAUUACGCGAAGAAUUGAACAAAAGUUGUCUCCUUUCUGGGACAUUACAGUCACUCGCAAGGUGACCAACCGGGAAUUACAUUUUUGUGUCGAAGCAUCACGGUCAUCGUGCCAGCCAUAUACUCUCAACUACAACUUGUACCAUACAAGCGAAACUGAAGUUCGAAAGGUUCUUCCGUCAACGCCGAGGGAAAGAGUAAUAGAUCUUGUCCAACGUACUUCUAGAAAACGAAAGCUGCAUGAGCACUACAAGUUCGGUAACCACUGCCGAAAGUUUACUUAUGGGAAAACAGUUUCAUUACGAGAAUCCAAGAAUACACAAUUGAAGAAGUUAACAGAUAAAAAAUCUGGAAAAAAUGACCUUGCUUCACGGAUAACAAACAAGGCCAACAAGCUCAUUUGUUAUGUUUCAGGCUUUGCAAAUGGUGAAGGAGGUAACAUCUAUUAUGGUAUAACCGAAAAAGAUGGAUCAAAUAUUGUCGAAGGGCAGAUAGUAGAUGAUCGGGAUGAAAUAAUCAGAGAAGUGGACAAAACAAUCAGAAAAAUGACUUGGCCAGUGGGUGAUCCACAGAGAGGCAAGCAUUGGGAAAUCUUUUUUGAACCUGUAGCAGGGGUAGAGGAAAGCGAGUCCAAAUUUGUUAUUAUAAUUUCUGUUGCCCCCUCUCCAAAAGCGGUGUUCGCCGAAGUGCCAGAGAGUUAUAAAAUGGUUGGUGGGAAAGCGACUAAACUAGGUUAUACAGAGUGGAAGAAAACAUUAUUACAGCAUCAAAUUUCAUACAAAUCUAAAGAAACUGUAGUCUUUGAACAACCAAGUGUCAUACGUUGCAGUUGGAGUUCCUCGUCUGCAAAGCUUGAGUAUGCCAGAAUAAGCCAUAAGCUUGUGCAACUUCGCAAUGAUGGUGAUCGAAGUAAGUUUACAAAGUAUGUUGAAGAACAAAAACAUGUAAGUCUCAAUGCAAGAAUUAUAUGUCAGCAGCAGGAAGCUGGCUACCUCCUGAGAGAAAGUAAUGUCAAGAAAGCAGACGAAUUACUUAAGGAAAAUCGAUCACUUUUAAUGAAAUCUAAAGAUGCUCCAAUCUUUGAACUUACAUGGUUGUAUUGGGAAAUCACUGCAAAGUACUCACAACCUGGUGAUCUGGAAGAGAGAGAAGAGCUUUUUACUGGUGCUAUGCAGAAGGCGCAACUAGUAUCAGAAUUUCUUAUUGGUUCUUGGGUUCUGGUCCAAAAGACAAGAACGUUAGAGGCACAGAUUGGUGAAGGAGAUGAAACUCAAGAUAAGGAACUGAUUAGCAAAUGCAAGGCAAGUUAAAUAGUUUUGCUUGUCAAGUUGUAGUUUCUCAGCUUCUCAGCUGUAGAGUCCCAACUAGGAUUUGAACCAGAGACUAUGUAACAUUAGCCUGAUUACUGAUGUAACCUAAUGCUUUUUAGACUACGUCAUAGACUAUACUCGAUUGUACGAGGAAUCGAGUAUGAUCUAUGACGUAGGCUAAUGCUCUAUCUACUAGCCCACUUAAACUUAGGUGGUCAGCUGAGGUAAACUUGGGUAUUUAUGCAUACGUACUAGGUCGAGUUUGGCACGUAACAUCAGUUGUGUUGUUAUGACAAGUACCUGUUGGCAGUGGCGGCUUCAAGGGAGAGGGGGGGGGACAUGGGAGGGGGCAUAAUAGGGGAGCCCCCUCCCCCUAGAAUAUUUAAUACUCUAGCUUUUUCAUAUAGUAUGCUGGAUUAACUGACCCCCGCUCCCCCAAAGAAAAGAAGGUGCCUGGCGCUGCCACUGCCUGUUGGACUACAAAUUGUUUUUGUCACUCAAAGUUUCUAGUCACUCACUCACUUACUCAUCAAGAUCUACUGUCUUUUUUCUCUGGGUGAGUCUCGGCUCAUGACUCCGUGGACUUGUUUCGCAGCCCAAGUGAAAAGAGUUCGUAAACACCGCCAAAAGCCGUGGGUUUUCUCCAGGUACUCAGGUUUUCUCCCACAGGGAAAGUUGGCAGGGUGGAAGUAAGAAAAUAGCUGUUGUGAAGUUAAUAUUUAACAAAUUCGAAACUGUUUUGCGGUGUUUGCAUGACGUGAUGAAAACAUGAGGAAGAGUUUGGAAGAACUUGAAAACUGUUUUGUGAGCCCAAGAAAGAAUGUCAAGGGCUUACACAACUGGUUAUGCAGUUGUGCAGGCAAGUUGUGCAAACACGGCAAAACAGUUUCUGUUUUCUUCAUAAAAUACAGUGUAAGCCGAAUAAACAAGUGAAACAAGGACAAAACAUUGCUUUUUUUGCCACCAAACUGUCAUAAUUAAUGGUGGUGGGUGACGGUGAUGCAAGGACCACAUGUUGCCUAGCCUUAUGCAAACACGGUAGUUGACCAAUCACAGCAUGCGACCUUUAGUAAGACACCACUUAUUUUAUGAUGCAUAAAACUUGAUAUAAUCGGCCACUGAAAAUCUUUGAACUGGGAAUGAGCUGAAUAAUAUAUAAUGAUGCUUAUUUUGUUUUUUCUUUUUCUUUUUGCAAGGCAAAUUACCUGGAGGUGCUCAGACAGGUGGCAGUCUUGGAAGAGUCCUCUGCUGUGGUAGCUCUCAAGCAAAGAAUGCAUACCAGCCUGGCUAGAAUGUACUUAGGGUGCUACCGAUGCCGUGGCAAGAUGACCCGCAAGUUAGAUUGUACGGUGGCUGAUCGUGAGGAGGCGCAAAGAAUGCUUGAAAUCGUUGACCGGUCACACAAUAAGGGAUGGCCACGAAGGCAGCUGUGUAACUGUGAAUGGUACUUGUUACGCUCUGAACAAGACAUUCGAAACUGGAGUGAGUAUGGGAACGACCAGUACCUAGAGUCAGCUUAUGGAAACAGUAUGGAAGCUUUCAAGAUUGCCAAAAUGUUAAACUUUAAGCAUUUUACAGAAUAUGCUGAGGAACAACUUAGUUAUCUUAAGGGGAAAUUGGGAGAAUAAUGAAGAUGCACCUUGCUUUAUAAAAAUGUAUUGGAACAUUACUGAAUUGUUAAUGAUAACAGCUAUUAAGAACUUUGAAUGGUUUGUAAUGUAACGUAAAGUGACAUGCAGUAACCCCAUAAUUUUCACAUCAGAAAUGUAUAUAAAUAAUAAUUAACUAAUAAUAAAAAAGUUCAGUGCAGGAUGCAUGAGUAUCGCAUUUACCUACGAAAGUAUGUGAUCUUACUUCUGGUCUUUACAAGUCAAUUAUUCAGAGAGAUAAACACGCCGUCCGGAAAGCGGGACGAAAAUAUUCGGAACAAUGAACUGUUG